UCCUUUCUCGCUCUUUUUUCGGGCAUCUUUGAUGUGCGAGUGAACACAUUUCACUGUGAACGUAAAUUAUUUUCGCUAUGGUUUUCGGAUCAAAGGUGAUCAAGGCCGGUGGUGCCGAGCCUGAUGCGUUUGAGGGUCAGAUCGGCCAGGCUAUCCUGGAUCUGGAGAUGAACUCGGACUUGAAGCCACAACUGCGUGAUCUGCACAUCACCCGCGCUCGAGAGAUCGAGUUCAACAGCAAGAAGGCUAUCGUGAUCUAUGUGCCGGUGCCCAAGCAGAAGGCCUUCCAGAAGGUCCAGACCCGUCUGGUUCAUGAGCUGGAGAAGAAGUUCUCCGGCAAGCACGUCGUGUUCAUCGGCGAGCGCCGUAUCCUGCCCAAGCCUCAGCGUGGCCGUCGUGACCCCAACAAGCAGAAGCGCCCACGAUCCCGUACCCUGACUGCCGUGUACGAUGCCAUCCUGGAGGAUCUGGUCUUCCCGGCUGAGGUCGUCGUCGAUAGCAAACUUUCCGCAAUGGUUCAAUCAUCCUCGGUGGACAAAGCCAAGUCUUGUCACUAUCAACAAGGCAUAAAAAGUAACAAGGAAUAA